AUGACAAAAGCAUAUGUUGAUUUACAGUUUUUUGCAUAUAAUCCAAAAGGGAAUCUCGAUGAAUCAAAUGCAAAAGUGGCCAAACUGAAAUUGCAAACUAAAGCGAAAGAUACUAAACUCCGUCAACUUGAAGGGAAAGGCACUACUUCAGAUUCUGCAUCAACUGAAAAGAAUGAUGCUGAAGACUUAUCUAGAUUAGAAAGAGGUCAUGCCAAACUGUUAAAGAAAAAGUUAGAAGAAAAAGAAAAAAUAAUAGGGGAGAAAGAUGAAGUUAUUAAAAUAAGGGAGAAUCAGAUUGAGGCUAAAGAAAGUGUUUUAGCUGAAAGAGAAACAAUUAUGUUAGAUUUAAGAGAGCAGCUUCAACAGAAAACAGAGGCAAUGGUAGUUUUACAGUCAUCUGGUAUUGGAGAGUCUGGUAUGGACGAGAUGUAUGCUCAAAUUGUUUAUAAAGAUAAAAAGUUAUUGGAAUUGAAUAAUAAAAUAUUAGAGCAAGACAGACAGGUCAUGGAUUUGCAGGAAUAUGUUAGUGAAAAAAAUGAAGUUAUAAGAGGUAGAGAUAAAGUUAUUGAGAUUCUACAGAGCUCUCUGAAAGAAAAAGACCAAAAUGUCCAGGACCAAGCAAUGUUAAUAGCCAAAUUAACAGCUAAAGUGGAACAAAGUGAAGAACAUAAUAGUUUAUUGAAUGAACAACUUCAGAAAAGGGAACAUGAUCUAAAAAUAGAAACUGAUCGCUUUAGUCUAAAACUCUCUGAAUCUCAAAAAUAUUUUGAGGAAACUUUGAGUGAAAGAGAAGCAGAAUUGAGAAAACUGCACGAAAAUAUUUCAAUAAAAGAAAAAGAAGUGUUAACUAGUCAAAAUGAUAUACGUGAAAUCAUAAACCGUCAUGAACGAGAUAUUCAGUCUAUUAUGUCAAAAAGCUCUAUGAAUAUUGAAGACGCUGUCAUAAACAUGAUGGAACAAAAAAUAAAAGACAGCAAUGAGGUAUUAGAGGGGAAAAUAAAAGUUGUAGAAAUUAUGCAAAGUGAAAUGACCGGUAAAGAUGAAGAACUCAGAAAAAAUCGUGAGGCUUUGAGAAAUUUAAAAGAUAAACUUCAAGUGACAUCAGAGCAGUUAUUGUUAAUACAAGCUAAUUUUGUUGAAAUGGAAGCACAAUGGAGAGAUGAGAAAUCCAAAUUAGAAACAAAAGUGAAAAGUUUAGUAGAAAAACAUGAAACUGAAGUAAGUGAAAAAGAUCUGCAAAUGCAAUCUUUACAAAUGUCACUAACACAAUACGAAAGUGUGUAUGUCCAAGCAUCUGUUCAAUAUAGCUCUCUUCAAGAACGUUACCAGCAAACAUUCAAUGAACUCCAAAAAGUAAAAGAAGGCAAUCAGCCAUCAUCAGUACAGACCUCUCUGUCUUCAAGUGUAUCUGAGAUUCAAGAACUGAGAACAAUUAAUGAGUGUCUAAAAACAGAGAUUGCUCUGAAAACUGACGAACUUGAAAUUUUGAAAAAAUCAACAGUUGAAGAUACUAAAUCUGAAAAGUCAGAAGCGAAAAUGUUAAAAAUGAAGGCUCAGAUGACAUCUAAGAUAAAAACUUUAGAAAAAGAACUUGAAGGACUAAGACAGCAGCCAGGUUUACCAAGUGAAGCUCAAGCUCGAUCUCUCGGCUCAGUAUCAUUUCAGCUUCAAUAA